ACCGAGUAUCAAUACUCAAAUGGAGUAAACUACACCAACAUGGAUCGUAAUACUGCUGGUUUGGAUGCCUAUGACCCACAAGAGAGUCAAGAUGGUGCCUCAAACAUGGAGAAGCAGGCAUAUGAGAACUGGUAUCAGAGUAUGAAUAUUAAUGCAGAUCAAUGGCAUAUAAGUCCCCAACAAUUAAAUGAAGACUAUUAUCAAAAUACGAAUUCCAUGCAAAGUCAAACAGAUUUGAUCUCCAAUUAUCAGCACUCGUACGGCAAGGGAAAUUAUUUUAAUCACUUCCCAAAUGGAACGAUUAUGGACACAUUCCUGCCUGGAGGCACAAAUGAAGCAUUUUCGUAUUACAAUGAGAAUUCAUUAUGUCCAGCCGAUUAUUAUGAAGGUGAAGAACUAUUACCGGGACAAGAAAAUUACACAUACAUGCAUAUGAACUCUCAGCCUGUGUCGGACUACACAAAGUGCCAAAUGAAAUAGUUGCAGAUAAACAGAUUAUUGUUGAACUUGAAUAUUUGUGAAAGUUGAAAAUCGAUCAUUUGCU